CACAGGGGGGCGGGACUUGAGGCAGCAGUCGCUCCGGAUCCUUGUUUGCAGGUUGUGCUUCCUGUGGUCAUUUCGCCUCUUGUGUCUGCGUUAGCAAUACACCAUGGACGCCAGAAGCUUUCCGAAUCCUUACUUAUAUCAGGACUACAGCAAAGAUCCUUCCACGCCCUUCAAUUCAGCUGGACAGCUAAGUCCUGACUUCGUUAAUCGCGUGAUAAAUAAAAUCAAAGAACUACUUCAGCUCAUGGAGACUGGACUAAAAUCGGCCGAUCCCAGAGAUUUCACCGUGUACACUGGCUGGUCUGGAAUAGCCCUUUUGUAUCUUCACCUCUCUGAAGUGUUUGGAGAUCAGUCAUUCUUGAUAAGAGCACAAGAAUAUGCCUCCAAAGCAUUGCACAGCCUGAACAAACGUGAUGUCACUUUCCUGUGCGGAGAUGCAGGUCCCUAUGCGGUAGCUGCUGUAAUUUUGCAUAGGCUUGGCUCUCAUAAGGAAGCAGAUGAAUGUAUUUCAAGAGUGCUCCAGAUGCACCCUUCUGUGCUGAAAUUGGAGUCCCGACUACCAGAUGAGCUCUUGUACGGCCGUAUGGGUUACCUAUACACCUUGUUGUUCAUCAACAAGUGUUACAAUGCAGAGAAGGUUUCCUUCAGAUGCAUCCAAGAGGUGUGUGAAGUAGUAAUAAAAUCUGGUGAGAACUUUGCUGCUCACAAACGCAUGCAAAAUCAAAGCCCGUUAAUGUAUGAAUGGUACGGAGAGUACUAUGUAGGACCAGCGCAUGGCCUCGCAGGCAUUUAUUACUACUUAAUGCAGCCUCAAUGUAACGUCAGUACUGAAAAGCUACAGACCCUUAUUGGACCAAGUGUGGAAUUUGUCCGCCAUCUCAGGUAUCCCUCCGGAAACUAUCCUGCCUGCAUUGGGGACAACAGGGAUCUUCUGGUGCACUGGUGUCAUGGAGCUCCUGGUAUCAUUUAUAUGCUAACACAAGCUUACAAGCUUUUCAAGGCUAGUGCCUAUCUAGCAGAUGCCGCCCAGUGCGCUGAGAUCUGUUGGCAACGUGGAUUACUGAAGAAAGGAUAUGGAAUAUGCCAUGGAGUGGCAGGAAAUGCCUAUAGUUUCCUUGCACUGUACAACCUGACACAUGAUUUGAAAUAUUUGUACAGAGCAUGUAAGUUUGCAGAGUGGUGCAUGGAUUAUGGAGAGCAUGGUUGCAGGACUCCGGAUACUCCAUUUUCCCUUUUUGAAGGGCUGGCUGGCACCAUCUACUUUUUGGCUGACUUACUGGAUCCUGCAAAAGCGAGAUUUCCCGCCUUUGAGAUAUAGUUUCUGUUGCUUUGCUUCAAGAAGUACUUGAAAUGUCUUCAGCGCUUUUAAUACUUCCUUCUACAUCUUGACGAGAAGAUAUUGAUGUCAUGUUUUUCAGUGGAUAUGACAAGUGAUGUCAUUUUGCAUCUCUUUGUUAGCAUGACAAUGCUUGUCGAUAAAUCUGCCUACCGCACAGCUGCAGCUUUCGUUCCCUUUACAGUAGGGAAGAUGUCGAGCAGUGAUUCUUCUGCUUAGUGGAACGGCUACAUCAUCUUUUUUUUUCUUUGCUGAAAAAGAGAUGAAUGUUAUGGUAUUUAGAUGUCACUUGCUUUUUCCUGCACCGUCCAUGGGCUUACUGAUGCAUAGUAAAGUAUAAUAUGGAUAAUAUGAUGCAAGAGAAAAACUGUACAAAUAGUUGAGCAAUUAAUAAUAUUUGUAUUUGAAAUACUGACUGUGUAUGUGAAUGAAGAAGCAGCACUCAAAA